AUGGGACCUCAACCUUGCUUUUUGGAUGAUAAGGAGAAGAAGAUUAAUGAUGGAACAGAAGAGGAAAGCUUUGAGGAGCUUAAUGAAGAGGUUGAUGAAGAGCUAAUGGAAUAUGGAAAUGAGAUCAAGCCAGUUAAGCAUCUUGUUGAGCCUUUGGAUGAGGAUGGACCUAUCAAGUGCCCAGUUUUGGACUCUUUUCCUCUGUUGGAUCAAAGUAUGUGGAAGGAGGUAAUCACAGAUGGUUUGCAGAAAAGAAAAGAUCCAUUUGCAGAAAGAGAACAUGUCACACAAAGUUCAAGCAAGAGAAGACAUCAUUCUCCAUCAUCAUCAUCAUCAUCAUCAUCCAAGUCUUCUCACACCAACUUAUUUCAAGUCUUCAAUCAAUGCAGACAUUAUAGUUUCUGA